AUGAGUCGAUAUAAAUCAACAAAUAGUUCGAUUAAAAGUCAUCUAUCAACAGCAAGUCUACCAAAAGAAGAAGUUAAUGUUGUUUUACUCGGCAAGCAAAAUGUUGGUAAAUCAGCCAUAGUUGUUAAAUAUUUAACAAGACGUUUUAUUCGUGAAUAUGAUCCAUUUCUUGAAGAUACUUAUUGGAAACCAGAUGUUGUUGAUCAACAAGAGGUUCUUGUCAAGGUCAUGGACACUUAUGGAAAAGAUGAUAAACGUUUACCAUAUUACUUAAAAUGGGCUGAUGCUGUUUUAAUAACAUAUAGUAUAACUCAACAAGAUAGUUUUGAAAUGGCACUUGCUUAUUUAGAUGCAAUAAAUACAUAUUCAAAAAAUUUAACUGUAUCAAGUAAUGAACUUGUUAUUAUAUUACUUGGAAAUAAAUUAGAUCUUGAACGUACGAGAGUUAUUCCAAAAUCUGAAGGUGAAUCUGUAGCGGCUAAAUUUAGUUGUGCUUUUUGUGAAACAACAGCUGCUGAUGAUUAUGAAUAUGUUCAACAAUUAUUUCAUCGUACUGUACGUGAAGUACGUAAAGAACGUGAACGUACUAUAAUAUCAAAUACUAUUAAUGAAGAACCAGCAACACCUGAAAUAAAUAUAAAUACAAAUACCAAUGCAAAUGCAAAUACAAAUACAAAUGGUCCUUCUCCUUCAUCAUCUUUAUCAUCAAAUUCAUCAAUAAAUUUUUCAAUAUCAAAUGAAACAGAUAAAAAUUUAUCAUCAAAUAUUCCAUUACCACCACCUAUGCCAGCAACACUUACACCUAAAUCAACACCAAUAACAACAAAUUCUAAAUCUGAUUCACAAUCAUUAACUAAUUCAUAUACUCCAAGUUCAUCACUUUCAUCUAUAGGUAAAUCAGGUUCAUUACCAAGAGUUGGUUCAGCAUCAACAUUAUCAUCAACAACAGUUUCAACUAAUACAAAUUCUCAAACAACACCAUCUACUGCUAAACGGACACCAUCAAAAACAUCUUAUGUAUUGUCAAAAAUUUUUAAAUAA